UUGCAUCCUAUUUAUACAAUAAUAGUCCUAGUCAUGAACAUAUAUGUCUCUUAAUGGUAUCUGAAAUCAAGCAAUAAUGUCGAGGAAGAUUUGCAACGAUAGGCUUCCGUUGCCUUAUCUUUUACUUUACCUUGUCUUUGCAAGUGUUUCAGCAGCAAAUGACUUUUACAUUGUUUUUCUGAGAGAUGAUGUGGUGAGUGGGAGGUCAACUCUUCAGACGCAUCUUAAUGUCCUUGCAUCUUUGAAGGGAAGUGAAUAUGAUGCUUCAGAGUCCCUUGUCUAUAGCUACACGAAAAAUUUCAAUGCAUUUGCGGCAAAGUUGUCUGAAGCUGAAGCCAGAAAGUUAUCCGAUAUGGAUGAAGUACUUUCAGCUUUCCCAAACCGAUACCACAAACCCCACACAACGAAAUCAUGGGAGUUUAUUGGCCUAACACCAAAUGCAAAAAGGAACUUGAAAGUUGAGAGCAACAUCAUAGUUGGUUUACUAGACACAGGAAUCACCCCACAAUCUGAGAGCUUUAAGGAUGAUGGUCUUGGUCCUCCACCGGCUAAAUGGAAAGGAAGUUGUGGCCCCUUCGCCAAUUUUUCAGGCUGCAACAACAAGCUUAUAGGAGCAAAGUACUUCAAGCUUGAUGGAAAUCCUGACCCUGCAGACAUCUUAUCGCCUGUCGAUGUGGAUGGCCAUGGAACUCACACAUCUUCGACUCUAGCGGGAAGUCUAGUGCCAAAUGCAAACCUUUAUGGGCUCGCAAAAGGAACUGCAAGAGGAGCAGUGCCUUCUGCUCGGGUAGCCAUGUACAAGGUCUGUUGGGCCAGCAGCGGCUGCGCAGAUAUGGACAUCCUUGCUGCAUUUGAUGCUGCAAUAAGUGAUGGAGUCGACGUUAUAUCCAUCUCCAUCGGUGGCCUAACAGGAAGUUAUACAUCAGACUCUAUAGCCGUUGGCUCAUUUCAUGCUAUGAGGAAAGGGAUCCUUACAGUUGCUUCAGCUGGGAACGAUGGGCCUGGCCAUGGUAGUGUUUCGAACCACGCACCAUGGUUGCUCACUGUUGCAGCUAGUGGGACAGAUCGUCAGCUGAGGAGCAAAGUGGAGUUGGGCAAUGGAGCGACUGUAUCAGGAAUUGGAGUGAGCAUGUUUGAGCCAAAAGAAAAGAUGUAUCCUCUUGCAAGUGGUGUUGAUGUGGCCAAGAAUUCUGAUACAAAGGAGGAAUCGAGGUACUGUCUUGAAAACUCGAUGGAUCCCGGAAAGGUUAAAGGGAAGCUUAUAUACUGCAAACUAGGUUCUUGGGGUGCUGAUUCUGUCGUAAAAGGCCUUGGAGGCAUCGGCAUAUUCAUUGAGAGUGAGGUGUUUCUUGAUGCAGCUCAACUCUACAUGGCUCCAGCAACUAUGGUCAAUGCUAGCACGGGCAAGAAAAUCAAUGACUACAUGCAUUCAACAAAAUCGCCCUCUGCAGCCAUACACAAGUCAGAGGAAAUCAAAGUCCCUGCUCCAUUUGUUGCUUCAUUUUCCUCCAGAGGUCCAAAUUCUGGAUCAAAAAACCUGCUCAAGCCUGAUAUUACAGCACCCGGAAUUAACAUCCUAGCAUCAUAUACUCCGUUGAAAUCACUAACUGGGCUGAAAGGCGACAAGCAAUAUUCAAAGUUCACAUUCAUGUCAGGCACAUCGAUGGCGUGCCCACACGUUGGUGGGGCUGCGGCCUAUGUGAAAUCAUUCCGCCCCAAUUGGUCUCCAGCAGCAAUAAAAUCAGCCCUCAUGACUACAGCAAAACAAAUGAGCUCCAAGGUGGACAAGGAUGCUGAGUUUGCAUACGGGUCGGGCCAACUCAACCCGACUAGAGCAGUAAACCCUGGUCUAGUCUACGACAUGGAUGAUAUAUCAUACAUCCAGUUCCUCUGCCAUGAAGGCUACGAUGGGGCCUCCAUCGGUAGUUUAAUAGGCCAGGGGACCGUGAACUGCUCCAAAUUACUCCCAUCAAACGGCGUAGAUGCAAUCAACUACCCGACGAUGCAACUGGCGCUGAAGAGCAAUAAGGAGCCGACGGCGGGCGUUUUCCGGCGGCGUGUAACGAAUGUGGGCCCCGAUGAGUCAGUGUACAACGCGACGAUCAAAGCGCCGGCAGGGGUGGAGAUAGCGGUGAAACCGGCGACUCUGUCCUUCUCCAAGGCGGCGCGGAGACGGAGCUUCAAGGUUGUGGUGAAGGCGAAGCCGAUGAACAAUGUGCUUAUUCUCUCAGGCUCCAUCACGUGGAAAAGCACACGUUAUGGUGUGAGGAGUCCUAUUGUAAUUUACAACCCUUGGGCUAAUUAGGGGUGUUGAAAUUUAUGAACAGAGAUUUAUUGGGUUGUUUGUGAAUGGUAUAAGAAGGGGCUUGGAGAUGCCGUCCAUGGUCGUUUCCACACAUGAUAUCAUCAUCGUGUGUGAAUCUGAUAAUUUAUAGUUGAUGUGGGACGACACCAAAUUUCCCCUAUGUUAAGAUUUGAGUGUUGGAAAAUGAUCAUUAAUUUUAAAGGAUUAAAGUCAAGAAAAGUCCCCUAACUUGGGUCAUUUUCCA